UUAUUGAAUUUUAACAAAAUUAAGCUCUAAACGAACACGUGAACCACAAAUUCCAGGCAAUUAAUAUUCCGACCCCUAUCGCUCUCACUCCACCAAAAUUCUCUCUCCACACACACUGCAACGAAAAACCAAAAACUACAGAGAAACACAAAUUCAUCACUAGGUUCCACUCCAGAUCUACCGGAAUCCCGCUCCGUACAAAAUGUUUCUGUUGGAUUGGUUUUACGGCGUGUUGGCGUCGCUCGGCUUGUGGCAGAAGGAGGCGAAGAUCCUCUUUCUCGGCCUCGAUAAUGCCGGAAAAACCACGCUUCUUCAUAUGCUCAAGGACGAGAGAUUAGUGCAGCAUCAGCCGACGCAGUAUCCGACCUCGGAAGAGCUGAGCAUCGGAAAAAUUAAGUUCAAGGCGUUCGAUUUGGGAGGGCAUCAGAUCGCGCGUAGAGUUUGGAAGGAUUAUUACGCCAAGGUUGACGCUGUUGUUUACCUGGUAGAUGCUUAUGACAAAGAGCGUUUUGCAGAAUCCAAAAAGGAACUAGACGCGCUCCUCUCUGAUGAAGCACUCGCUACUGUUCCAUUUCUCAUUUUGGGAAACAAAAUCGACAUACCUUAUGCUGCCUCUGAAGAGGAGUUGCGUUACCACCUUGGCCUAACAGGUGUAACCACCGGCAAGGGGAAGGUGAACCUCGCAGAUUCAAAUGUGCGCCCGUUGGAAGUGUUCAUGUGCAGCAUUGUGCGCAAAAUGGGCUAUGGUGACGGCUUCAAGUGGGUCUCUCAAUAUAUAAAUUAGGGUUUAUCAUCAAGAAAACACCUAAAAGGUACGCGCAUACACCUCCUCGUCUUUCUCGUUGAUGGGGAAAGAGACAGCUUGAGCCGGAAAAGAUGGAAAGAAAAUGGUGCGAAGAUUCGUUUGUUUCAGGUUGAUUCAGUUUGUUAGUUGUUAAAACUUGUAUGACGUGCUUUGCUGAGUUUGUAAGUUUAAGUAGUCGAACCUGAUUGAUCUCUGUAUAAUUCUCAUCUUAUAAAUUUGGAGGUCUUGCAGCUUUUA